AUGAAGACAGAUAAACGACAUGAUGGGGACAGUCUCGUCCGGGCAACCUCGCCAAGGGCACCAGAGAAGGCUACCAGUAUUGAUGACGAACGUCUAGGCCAGCUGGGGUUCGAAAGCCAACUGGAUCGCUCGUUCUCCCUCCCCUCGCUGAUAGCUCUUUGUUUGUGCUUGAUGGGCACUUGGGAGGGAUGUUCCAGUGUCAUCGCUCAGGCGUUGACAAGUGGAGGGGCGCCAUGCCUUCUGUACAACUACAUCUUCACCUUUCUAUGUACUAUCGCAAUUGGGUUAUCUCUCGGUGAAAUCGCGUCCAUCUAUCCUACUGCUGGUGGUGAGUUCCGAAUUACAGAUGAACAAUCGCGGAAGCAACAUCCCCUGACCUUCACCGCAGGACAGUACCACUGGGUCACCGCAUUAUAUCCGGUGCGAGGGAGAAAGUUCAUAGCCUGGAUGACCGGGUGGACCACCAUCGGAGGACAGAUCGUUCUAACAGCGUCCAUUGCCUUUGCCUGUGGGCUAAUGACCCAGGCACUCAUCACCAUGAACUCCCAGAGCUACAGACCUACCCGAUGGCAAGCUCUUCUACUAUACUGGGCAUUCUUGUUCUACGGAACUACCAUGAAUCUUUGGGGCAGCAAGCUUCUGCCUACUGCCAACCUCAUCUCAGGCAACGCUUCAUUCGUCUUCACCGAGGUCUACAACGAAACCGGCUGGUCGAGUGACAGCGUUGCCUGGCUCGUAGGCUUGAUCAGCACGGUAUACCCAUUCCUCGGAUACGAUGCUGCUUGCCAUCUUGCAGAGGAACUUCCCAACGCUGCCCGGAACGUGCCGCUUGCGAUGAUUGGAAGCAUUGUACUCAACGGGCUCAUGGGGCUUGUGUACGCCAUCAUACUCCUCUUCUCCACGAGCAAAUUAGAGGGUGUUCUCGCCACACCUCUCGGUUCUCCGGUGAUGCAGAUUUACCUUGAUGCAACCCAGUCCGCCGCAGGCGCGACGACGAUGUCGCUGCUGCUCAUUGUUCUAGCCGGAGCCGCUUGCUGUGCCGCGUUAACAUCAACAUCAAGAACAUUAUGGGCGUUCGCUCGCGACGAGGCUGUACCUUACUCGAAACUGAUCGGACGAGUGGAUCAGCGGAGUCAGAUUCCAGCAAAUGCGAUCUAUGUUAUUCUGAUUUUGCAGAUGCUCAUUGGCUUCAUCUACUUGGGCAACUCUACCGCCUUCAAUGCUGUGCUCUCCAUGGCCAUCAUCGGUACAUACACAUCAUAUGCUCUUCCUAUCGUCGGCAUGCUUCUCAAUGGCCGCAGAAAGUUGAGCGUUUCCGAGUAUGGGCCUUUCAAACUGCGCGGCUGUGUUGGGCCCAUACUCAACGUGAUCGCUGUUGCGUUCAUGGUACUCUCCAUCGCAUUCAGCGCGCUCCCCAGCCAAAUACCUGUCAGCUGGGAAACGAUGAACUACUCAACUGGGGUCAUGAUCGGGUGGUCAGUCUUCGGGGUAUUGUACUACAUUUGGAAGGGAAGAAAACAGUUCCGGAUCCCGAUUGUUUUGACACCUUUGGAUGGCCAGUUUCCAGGACAUAGUGGUAGUGCUUAG